AUGAAAAGUUGUGUCUGUCUGUGGUCAGUGUGGGUAAAAGAAGAAAGAGUAACAGGAGAGGGAGGGACCGACAGAGAAAUCAUUGAAUCAUCUUCUUUGUUCUUUUUUUCCUACUUCUUAUUCUUGAACGCAUAA